AAAAAAACGGUUACCCAGCAACGAGAAAAACAACCGGAACCAUCGGCCCCGACUCGGAGAGAAGGUGGAGGUACCAUAGGCAGUUCUUCCCAAGGAGAUGUCUAUUCCAUUCUCCAACACCCACUACCGAAUUCCACAAGGAUUUGGGAAUCUUCUUGAAGGGCUGACACGCGAGAUUCUGAGGGAGCAACCAGAGAAUAUACCAGCUUUUGCAGCAGCAUAUUUUGAGAACCUUCUAGAGAAAAGAGAGAAAACCAACUUUGAUCCAGCAGAAUGGGGGUCUAAAGUAGAUGACCGUUUCUAUAACAACCAUGCAUUCAAGGAACAAGAAUCAUCUGAAAAAUGUAAGACUGAACAAGAAAAACCUCAGGGAUCUGGGAAAGAGGAAGAGACACCAGUCACCGCAAUAGCAUCUUCUGAGGAAGAGAAGGAAAAAGAAGAGGUUGCUGCUCUCAAAAUCCAAGCAGCCUUCCGAGGACACAUGGUCAGAGCGGAGAUAAAGAAAAUGAAAUCAGAUGUCACCCAAAAUGAGAAUACGGAAUAAAACAAAUGAAAAUACUGGUUUUACCUCCAUAAAAUGUGAAGGAUAAUCGAAAUUCAUCAACCUUGUUGUGAUUAUCAUUUUCUCCGUAGAAGGGAGAUUUGAUGUUGUGAAAUGACAGUUGUAGCUGUUGUGAAAA